CGGCGAUAAGCCUGUACAAUGCUGUGCCGCGCGUUGCUGACAAUUGUUGUUGUAACAUGUACGUUAAACAAAACGAGCGGUCAGGGAAACACGCGUUUGUUACAAAUAAAGGAUCUUCUAUGUCUAUUAUUAUUGAGCGGUUUACAAAAGGGGGAUUUGAGUGAGAAUAUUGUGAAAAAACUUCAAAAGUACAACGUAAACAUUGACGAUGUGGCGAAUUUAAAUAUAGCAAGUGCAUGUAAAAAUCUUUCGAUUAUAAACACUCCUGUUGAAAUCUACGAAGCGAGGAAUGAUGAAAAAAAAUUCACUUACAAUAACACAAAAUCAUUAGAAACAAAUAACGAUGAAAGAGAAGAGAUAAUUAAACUUGAAAAACAAAACAUUAAUGAUUACAUUUCUGAAAUGCUAAAACUCAUACCAAACUCUAAAAAUGAAACUAUCGAAGAUUCUCGAUUUAUAUAUAAAGACAAAACGAAAAUAACGCCAGCUGUUGUUCACAUGUCAACAGAUUAUACAGAUAUAAUAAAAGAUAAGUUAGAUGACACACGUAAAAACAAUCAAAUUCCUAAUUUGGAAAGUUUAAUCAAAUUAUGGAAAACUUACGCUUCAGAUAACGCUAAUAUUUUAGAGAAACAAAGAAACUUAAUUUCCCAUGUACUGACAACAUCAAAACCUAAACAAAAAGAGAAUUAUUUAAAAACCGAUUUAGAGGGAAAUGAUGUUGGUAUUAACAAGAUAAUUGAUAGUUUUUUAAAAACAAAAAACAUUCAAAUUUUUAAUGACUCAGAAAAACUAGGUAUGGGUGAUAUAGCCAAGCAAAUUAGUGCGAUUAUUGCUAACGAUCCCAGAUCUCGAAGCGUUAAUUUGAAUGAAUUUAAAAGGGACAGUACUAAACAAAAUGCGAAAACGGAUAAAGCUAUAUAUAACAAUAACGCGCAAUACAAUGGACAACCUACACGAGAUAUGAACGAUAUGGGCGUAUCAAACAGAGAUGUCGAACUAAACGCUUUAGAACAAAAAAGAACUGAACUAAAGAAUAAUGCACUCAAUUAUAUAAACAAUAUGUUUCGUUCGGAUGAAACUACAAAAGUCGAUACGGUAACGAAAACCAAUGAUAAUCUUCACGACACAAAAGAGAGUAAAACAGAAAACAUUUCACAACCAACAAUAUUCCAAGCUCCCAUUAAUAACUUGAAAAUACAAGCAAUUAAUGACAUGUAUUCGAAACUAGGGCACAUUUACAAUUUAGAUCACACGACUUCUGCUCCUGAAGACGCAUUAAAAGUUAUAGCGGAUAAAAUAAGAAAAUUAAUAUUGGAUGAUUUGAAAAGGGACAUUGUAACUAUGACUCCAAUAAUGUCUACAACAAUAACAACGACGGUAACAACAGAAAAAAGUACAACAGCAAUCGAAAAACAAUCCGAAACUCUAAUCGACGUUACCGACGUACUGAAAAAGUUCAUGAAACUAUUCCAACAGCUACAAAAUAAAGAAGAAAAAAUCAUAACAGAACUGGAAACUAAGCAACGUAAUGAAAACAAAUAUUCAGUUAAAACAGAUUUGGUUCGAACACCUCCGACGCCAUACAAACCCCACCCAGUAUUAAGAUAUCCACCAUUAUCCAAUAACAUACACCAAUACCAAGAUAUUCCUUACGAAAACUACCACAUUAACAAACAUACAAACAAUAAUAUUUUCAUGACAAAAACCAGAUCAGCUCCGAUUACUAUUCAAACAAACUCGAACGAAAUAAAACCUUUAGGCGUACAUUUACCGAAAACAAAUUCACUGAUUCACCAGAAUAUAAUUGUCACAACGAGAAAUCCAUUUUUCUCGCUCAAAGUUUACAGAGAUGACUAUUCAAAUAACGGCCCGGAUAGAACGCAUAGAGCAUCAAAGGAAGCGACUAAGAUUGAUACUGAUACGGAUUUUGAAAGAUAUCGGACUAAGAACAGAUUUUACGAGGAGAAAAGGGGGUACGUGAAAUACGAACCGGCUUAUAACGAAAGAGAUUUUAAUGGAAAUUACGAAGAAAAAUCUCGUAGCAGACUAAGAGACUAUCGAACGCAAAACACUGAUUAUGAGAGACUCAGAAAUGAUAACGUUAGGGGUUACCAUGAAAAAUUGGAGAGAACAGAUAACAUAGGCAGAGAGUCUUCAGACUAUGACAACGGUUGUUGCAAAGCGAAAAUCUCUUCAAGACAACAAGUACCGUUGAGUGACGCAAAGAAACAUCAAGAUGAUGCACGUUUUAGAAAUUUUCUUAGAACGCAGCAAAAGGUUAACGAUAUGCUGGAAAAGAUUUUGGCGAGCAGAACUAAAGACGAAAAAGCGAAAAGCGUCGAAACUACGUGACACUACCAGCAGUUUCUUAUUAUAUUGUAGCUUUUUUUUUAUUAAACUUUAGUUAGGUUCCAUUUUUAAACGACAAUUAUAAGCAUUAAAAAAUAAAUAAAAGUUCCAUG